UUGCAGCUUAUUUAAUAACAUUUGAGAAACACGAAGAAUGGCUAACCACUUCCCCUAAGACAAGACCCCAGAAUGGCUCGAUGAUCCUCUACAACAGGAAGAAAGUGAAGUACAGGAAAGAUGGGUACUGCUGGAAGAAGAGGAAAGACGGGAAGACGACUCGCGAGGACCACAUGAAACUCAAGGUCCAGGGAGUUGAGUGCUUGUACGGCUGCUAUGUCCACUCCUCCAUCAUCCCCACCUUCCACCGGAGGUGCUACUGGCUCCUUCAGAACCCCGACAUUGUGCUGGUCCACUAUCUCAACGUGCCAGCCAUCGAGGACUGCGGCAAGCCCUGUGGCCCCAUCCUCUGCUCCAUCAACACCGACAAGAAGGAGUGGGCGAAAUGGACCAAGGAAGAACUCGUCGGGCAGCUGAAGCCCAUGUUCCACGGCAUCAAAUGGACCUGUAGCAACGGCAACAGCAGCUCCGGCUUCUCAGUGGAGCAGCUGGUACAGCAGAUCCUGGACAGCCACCAGACCAAGCCCCAGCCGCGGACCCACAACUGCCUCUGCACCGGCAGCCUGGGAGCGGGCAGCAGUGUGCACCACAAGUGUAACAGUGCCAAACACCGCAUCAUCUCCCCGAAGGUGGAGCCCCGGUCAGGGGGCUACGGGGGCCACUCGGAGGUGCAGCACAAUGACGUAUCCGAGGGCAAGCAGGAACACAGCCACGCCAAGGGAGCGAGUCGUGAGAAGAGGAAUGGCAAGGUGGCCAAGCCUGUGCUGCUGCACCAGAGCAGCACCGAGGUCUCGUCCACCAACCAGGUGGAGGUCCCGGACACCACCCAGAGCUCACCCGUGUCCAUCAGCAGCGGGCUCAACAGCGACCCAGACAUGGUGGACAGCCCUGUGGUCACGGGUGUGUCCAGCAUGGCGGUGGCCUCCGUCAUGGGCAGCUUGCCCCAGAGUGCCACGGUGUUCAUGUCCGAAGUCACCAACGAGGCCGUGUACACCAUGUCCCCCACCGCCGGCCCCAACCACCACCUCCUCUCGCCCGACGCCUCCCAGGGCCUCGUCCUGGCCGUCAGUUCCGACGGCCACAAAUUCGCCUUCCCCACCCCGGGCAGCUCAGAGAGCCUGACCAUGCUGCCCACCAACGUGUCCGAAGAGCUGGUCCUCUCUACCACCCUGGACGCUGGACGCAAGAUCCCAGAAACUACCAUGAACUUUGACCCCGACUGCUUCCUCAACAACCCCAAGCAGGGCCAGACGUAUGGGGGCAGUGGGCUGAAGGCGGAGAUGGUGAGCGCCAACAUGCGGCACUCGCCGCCCGCCGAGAGGGCCUUCAGCUUCACUACGGUCCUGGCCAAGGAAAUCAAGACAGAGGACACAUCCUUCGAGCAGCAGAUGGCCAAGGAGGCCUACUCGUCCUCGGCGGCCGCGGCGUCCAGCUCCCUCACCCUGAGCGCCGGCUCCAGCCUCCUGCCGUCGGGCGGCGGCCUGAGCCCCAGCACCACCCUGGAGCAGAUGGACUUCAGCGCCAUCGACUCCAACAAGGACUACUCGUCGAGCUUCAGCCAGCCGGGCCACAGCCCCCACAUCCACCAGACCCCCUCCCCCAGCUUCUUCCUGCAGGAUGCCAGCAAACCCCUCCCCACCGAGCAGAAUGCCCGCAGCAGCCUGGGCGAGUCUGGGAGCACCUUUGUGAUGCCCACGGUGAAGACGGAGAGCUCGCCCCAGAGCAGCUCUUGCAGUGGCCACGUGGAGACUCGGAUAGAGCCCUCGUCCUCCCUGCACCUCAUGCAGUUCCAGGCCAACUUCCAGGCCAUGACUGUAGAGGCGGAGGUCACCAUGGAGACCUCGCAGGCGCCCGAGGGUGGCGAGGUCCUGCUUAAGUCCGGAGAGCUGCAGGCCUGUAGCUCCGAGCACUACUUACAGCCGGAGUCCAACGGUGUGAUCCGCAGCGCCGGCGGCGUGCCCGUCCUCCCGGGCAACGUGGUGCAGGGUCUCUACCCCGUGGCCCAGCCCGGCUUGGGCAGCGCCGCCAACAUGGAGCUCAGCUUGGACCACUUCGACAUCUCCUUCAGCAACCAGUUCUCUGACCUGAUCAAUGACUUCAUCUCCGUCGAGGGGGGCAGCGGCACCCUCUACGGGCACCAGCUGGUGUCCGGGGACAGCGCGGCACUGUCGCAGUCAGAGGACGGGGCCCGUGGCCCCUUCACGCAGACCGAAAUGUGCAUGCCCUGUUGCAGCCCCCAGCAGGGGAGCCUGCAGCUCAGCAGUGCCGAGGGCGGGGCCAGCGCCAUGGCCUACAUGCACGUCGCCGAGGUGGUCUCUGCCACCUCGGCCCAGGGUGCCCUGGGCAUGCUGCAGCAGAGCGGCCGAGUGUUCAUGGUGACCGACUACUCCCCCGAGUGGUCUUACCCAGAGGGAGGUGUGAAGGUGCUCAUUACGGGCCCUUGGCAAGAAGCCAGCAAUAACUACAGCUGCCUGUUCGACCAGAUCUCCGUGCCAGCGUCCCUGAUCCAGCCGGGGGUGCUACGUUGCUACUGCCCAGCCCAUGACACUGGUCUUGUGACCCUACAAGUUGCCUUCAACACCCAGAUCAUCUCCAACUCGGUGGUGUUUGAGUACAAAGCCCGGGCGCUGCCCACGCUCCCAUCCUCCCAGCACGAUUGGCUGUCCCUGGACGAUAACCAGUUCAGGAUGUCCAUCCUGGAGCGGCUGGAGCAGAUGGAGAGGCGGAUGGCCGAGAUGACGGGGUCGCAGCAGCACAAGCCGGCGAGCGGAGGUGGCGGCAGUGGCAGUGGCAGCGGCGGGAGCCAGGCGCAGUGUGCUUCCGGCACGGGCACCCUGGGCAGCUGCUUCGAGAGCCGUGUGGUGGUCGUGUGUGAGAAGAUGAUGAGCCGAGCCUGCUGGGCCAAGUCCAAACACCUGAUCCACUCCAAGACUUUCCGUGGGAUGACCCUCCUGCACCUCGCUGCUGCCCAGGGCUAUGCCACCCUCAUCCAGACCCUCAUCAAGUGGCGCACGAAGCACGCAGACAGCAUUGACCUGGAACUGGAAGUUGACCCCCUCAACGUGGACCACUUCUCGUGCACACCUCUGAUGUGGGCGUGUGCCCUGGGACACCUGGAAGCUGCCGUGGUGUUAUACAAGUGGGACCGGAGGGCCAUCUCGAUUCCUGACUCUCUGGGAAGGCUGCCCCUGGGCAUCGCCAGGUCCCGCGGGCACGUGAAGUUAGCCGAGUGUCUGGAGCACCUACAGAGGGACGAGCAAGCUCAGCUGGGGCAGAACCCGCGGGUCCACUGUGCUCCCAGCGAGGAGCCCACCUCAGACAGCUGGAUGUCCCCGUGGCACAGCGAGGCCAUGACCUCUCCAGAAGUACCCAAAGGUGUCACUGUGAUCGCAAGCACCAACCCAGUACAGGUGACAGGCAGUCCGAAGGGCGGCAGCAUAGGCAAGGAGGCGGCCCCUGUGCAGGUGCGUCCGCGGGAGCCAAUGAGCGUCCUCAUGAUGGCUAACAGAGAGGUGGUUAGCGCCGACGUGGGUUCCUACCGGGCCAGUACCGACAGUGAAGAGUGCCCACAGCCCAUGGACGACCUCCAGGUGAACAUGAUGACCUUAGCAGAACACAUUAUCGAAGCCACCCCCGACCGAAUCAAGCAGGAGAAUUUCGUGCCCACGGAAUCCUCAGCCCUGGAAAGGACAGACCCCGCCUCCAUCAGCAGCACCAUGAGCUGGCUGGCCACUUACCUCGCUGACGCCGACCGCCUGCCCAGUGCCGUCCAGAUCCGCAGUGCGCGCAGCGAGCCUCUCACCCCGUCCUCUAACACCAGCCUGAGCCCCGCCGGCUCCCCUGGCAGCGCAAUCGCCUUGGAGAAACCCCCCCUCCCCUCCGCAGCCGACUGGUCGGAAUUCCUGAGCGCGUCAACCAGCGAGAAGGUAGAGAAUGAGUUUGCUCAGCUAACUCUGUCUGAUCAUGAGCAGAGAGAACUCUAUGAGGCUGCCAGGCUUGUCCAGACAGCUUUCCGGAAAUACAAGGGCCGACCCCUGUGGGAACAGCAGGAGGUGGCUGCCGCUGUUAUCCAGCGUUGCUACAGGAAAUACAAACAGUAUGCACUUUAUAAGAAGAUGACUCAGGCGGCCAUCCUGAUCCAGAGCAAGUUCCGGAGUUACUAUGAACAGAAGAGGUUCCAGCAGAGCCGCCGCGCCGCCCUGCUCAUCCAGAAGUAUUACCGCAGCUACCGCAAGUGCGGCAAGAGACGGCAGGCCCGCCGCACGGCUGUCAUCGUGCAACAGAAGCUCAGGAGCAGUUUGCUAACCAAAAAGCAGGACCAGGCUGCUCGGAAGAUAAUGAGGUUUCUACGCCGCUGUCGCCACAGCCCCCUGGUGGACCAUAGGCUGUACAGAAGGAGUGAAAGAAUUGAAAAAGGCCAAGGAACUUGAAGACCUACAGCACCCCUUAGCAAUGUGACGUUGCUUUUUCAGACUUUUCAUUUGUUUUUAGCAGAGACAUGCAACAACACAACACAACACACACGCGCGCACACACGCACACACGAUCCCGCUGCAGUUUUGGGGAGCUCAGCUGCAGGAUUUUACCAGGAAUGUUUUUUGGUCAUUGCAUUUGCACUUUCAUGGACAACUUCUCAUUUGAUCAGCAAGACAUCUUGGAACUCAAUCUUCUGUUGGAUCACAGGAAAACCAGACACUGGGGGGGAGCAAAGAGGCUUCAACCCAGAGGAAGCC